AUGAGAGAAGGAGGAAGAGUACGAGCGGCGGGAGAAGGGGCGGGAGGUGCAGAGCAGGAGGAGGAGGAGGAGGAGGAGGAGGAGGUGGAGGACGAGGACCAGAACGAGAACGAGAACGAGAGAGGGUAUGGGAACGGGAAUGAGGAUGAGGAGGGAGUAGAAACAGCCGAUAGCGGAAAGAAGAUGGAAGCGCCGAAAUCGACGGAGUACGACAGAGCGUCGGCGAAAGGGACAGAGAUGUGCGAGAAGGACUGGCGAAGGGGGUUGGCAGGCGACAGAGCGAGAAAGUUAGAGGGUAGCGUAGAAGGUGAAGAAGAAGAGGAGAAUAGUUGGUGCAGUCGGAACGCGGGUCGGUGGUAG